CGAAGUGGCAUCCUUUCCUGCGCGGGACGAUCGAGGCAAGGGGACGCCAGCCGAGUCAUUGGCUCGGCGACCGCAGGGAGGGGCGGUGCUGUCAGUGUGGCUCUGGACUCUGUACGCACGUGAUGAACUUUAUCCUCGCCUGAGAUUACCCUGUGCUACGUGGAUGUUAGUAUUCGUGGUGCUGCGUCCAACUCACGCUUAGAAAGCCUUUGUGACGUGUAGCCUGGCCAAGGAUUUAGAAAUAAUCUCUCAGUGCUGGAAUUGGAUUUGUGAAAAAGGAGACCCCUCGUGUGGAGCAGGAAAGGAAAAAAAGAGUUGGUGUGCGGGAGACCAGUGGUGUGUGGUGAGCUGCCCCUCGUGGCUAACACAGAUCUCAAGCCUCGCAGUGGUUACCAAGGUCGCCUGUUUCACGGCACUUAUCAGAUAUUGAUUUAUAGCAGAGCAGUGAGAGAAACCCCUCCGAGAGAGAGCCCGCUUCCCGGUGAACCCCGACCAGUGAACCCAAACACAAACACGGCCGCUCUCAGGGUCACUGUGCACUGCCGGACCCGUAGUGGUGGUGGAGGUGGUGGGUAGCGGCAACGUGAACCCCCGCCUCGGCAUGUCAGCCAUGUCACAGAUUAUGGACGCUACUUACUGCAUUGGAGGAGAUAUGGAUUUUGGCCGCAUGUUCGAUCAGUAUCUUCACAAGGGCGGAGAGAGCUUCGACCUGUCCUUGACCGUUCCGGACUCCAACCACACCGCUUACAUGGCAGACCAGCAGCCUGCCUACGGGAGCUUUGGCAGCGAGGAGACCUACAGUGACCUGCAGGGGAUGGGCACUACGCUCCCCCAGCAGGAGGGCGACGCCGCCUCCUCAGCACCCCACACCCACGCUCACCACACACAGGCCAUGUACUCACACCAGGACUCAUCUAUGUACUCUUCCUCCUACUCCCCGGCGCAGAUGGCAGUGCCCGGCAGCAUGGGUGCGCCCAACCCACAGUUCCCGCCACAGAACCUCUACAUCCCGCCCAUCUCCCAGAACAGCAUGGAUCCCGCCCAGACGUCGGGGUACAUGGUUCACCCAGGCUGUGGUCCCCCGGCCCCCAUCUACACCAGCGCCAGUCCGGGCAUGCCCACAGGAGUACCACAGGGUCCCCACAUGAUGGCCGGCGCCGUAGGUAUGAUGGGCUACUACCCCCGGCAGCCCAUGGCGAGGAAUGGCGGUUCCCCGAACUCCGGCGGCUCCCCUUCUCCGGGCAGUGAGGAUUCCGACGACUCCACGCCCCUUGCCCAAGACGAUGGUUUGUGCGAGGUGUGUGGGCGUGGUGAUGCGGCGCGUCUGACUGGCUGCGUUGUGUUGCAGAUGGCGAGAGCCAAGAGGCCGUCCUCAGAAAGCGUAGAGGGACCUGCACGAGGCAAGAAGCCCAAAGUCAGCAAGAAGAGCAAGAAGAAGAAGGAUCCUAAUGAACCACAAAAACCAGUAUCGGCAUAUGCUCUGUUCUUCCGAGACACUCAGGCUGCCAUCAAGGGAUCCAACCCCAAUGCAUCCUUUGGUGAAGUAUCCAAAAUUGUCGCCUCCAUGUGGGACUCUCUGGAUGCUGACCACAAGAGUGUGUACAAGAAAAAGACGGAGGCAGCAAAGAAGGAGUACCUGAAGGCCCUUGCUGCUUACCGUGCCAGUUUGGUGUCCAAGGGCGGUGAGGGUGAGGGUGGGUUUGGGGGACCCCAGGGCUAUGGUCAGUUUGCCCCUGGAUUUGGAUACCCCCCAACCACCAGUACCCCAGUGCAUCCACAAGUACAGUCGCCAACACAGAUGUCACCACUGGCAAAGAAGUCUCCUCUACUCUCUUCCCUUAUGGCUGACACACCCCCACCCAUGAUGAACCCACCAAUGUCCCAGCCCAUGCCUCCCUCUGGCCCACCCAUGAUGCCUCACGGCUCAAUGCCACCCAUGUCAGCAGCAAGCAUGGUCCCCCAAGCACAGCAGGGUCCUCAGGCUGGCCACCAGCCACCCACACCACAGCCACACCUGACGCCCAUGACCAACGUACCUUCCACCUCCCCCUACAUGACUCAGCAGGCACCCAACUCUCUGACGAGUCCUGGGGGAGCAAGUUCUCCGGGUGGUGGUCCACAACAACAGCCACAGCAACCCCAGCAGCAACAGCCACAGCAGCAGCAGCCAAGCCCACAGCAGCAGCAAGUUGCCACUCAACAGCAGCAGCAACAACAGCAACAGCAAGCAGGGCAGCAACAGCAGCAGCAACAGGGUGGACAGCAUGGGCAGCAGCCACCCCAGCCCUCCCCACAGCAGCAACCACAGCACCAGCCACCUCAGCAGCACCCUAGUGGUCAGGGGUCAGGAGGGCAGCAACAGGGCAUGGGCCAACCAGCACAUGUUGGAUGCCCAAACUCCGGUCCGAACUGCAUCAGGUCUGGCUGCACCAACCCUGCUGUGCACAACCCUGAGUGGGAAGAUGAAUACUGCUCCAAUGAGUGUGUCGUCUCACACUGCAGAAACAACAACCAAAGAUUCAUCCCUCCAUUCGGUGUCAUCCACACUCUAACUGCCUAUUGCAAUGAGUAAUACCUCAAAGCCCUCUUCCACAAGACGUCUUCAGCACCUGGGUGGCCAGCAACCACCACCAGCCAAUGAAUCCAACCUACCCGGCGCCUGUUAAAUAAAACCUCAGUGAAUAUGACCUCUCACUGAGGGACCAGCUAGCCAGCAGUCCAGUUAGUCAGUCAGUCAGCAAGCCAGUCAACUGAAAGGGUUCAACUGAUGAAGACAUGUACCUGGUACAGUAAUAAGUGCAUUAAGUGGAACUGUGUAUUACUCUUCAGAUGGCAAACAGAUUGGGAUGAUGUGAUUGUGUGUGAAGGAAGUUGUGCUGUGGCUUGGUACCUGCAUCAUCAUUCCCAACAUGUUGACAAACUGGGUGCUUGUAAGAAAGUCAAGAUUUUUAAACCUGUUGUCAGGGCUGGAGUUUUAGAUAUCAGCAUCUUUCUAUCUGUUCAAUCUAUCCUUGCUCUUUGUAGAAUUCCAGAUGUAAUGUUCAUGCCUAUCUGAUCCUAUUAUUCCUCUGAACACAACCAAGAUGAGAGAGUUCCAGAACAAGUUUGAUGUGAAAGUGAGCAUUACGUGUAUUAUCCUGUCAAGUACCUUGGAAGGCGGCUGUGUGGACCUUGUGUGAUGGAGUCAGUGAGAGUUGUGCUCUGUGAAGAUUCAUUUUCCUAUUUGACUGUAUAGGGAAGAUGAGUCCCACUGAAGAGAAAAGAGCCAGAAAAUGAGUUGCAAACAUUAUGUGAGUUUCAGUUGAACACAAGGAAUGUGUGGCGGGGACCAAAACUGUUAAUAGUCUAUAAGCAGACAGUGUGUGGUACAAGAGGAAGAGGAUAUGAAUGUUCAGGUUGAGGGCUGCACUCAGUUAGGUUACCUCAUGCUCACCCCAGCAGUCACUGUAGUACAUGCUGUGCUCUCUUUCACAGGCUUCGGAACAAUAUUUUGAUCAUAAAUCUUAUGUAAGGCCAGAGACUAAAAAUAUCUUUGGAUGUUUGGUUUGUAAAUAUUUGUGUUGAUUUUUCUUGAUAGGGAGAGAGAAAACUAUGAUUACAGUUAUUAUAGAUAUAGAAGCAUUUACAACAUAAUUUGUAAAUAUUUCAACAGUAUGUACAAGUGAUUGGUGAAAUUUCUCCUCAAUGUGAUUAUGAUGAGUUAUGACUUAUGUCUGGUAUGUAUGUAUGUACAUGUAUCAUAGUAGAUAUGUUCAGAGGCUUAUUAUUUGAUUAGCAAGGAAUCAUUACUAGAAAUGACAUGUUGUCAUACUUGUAUCAAGUCCUUCCAAAGCAUUUAAGAAGGAGGUGAGGACAAAUUUCAUGCCUCCUCUGUUAGCCAUCCCUGCAUGCUGUAUGUAUGCAUUGCAAACUAUCAUGGCAGUUCCCAGGUAUUCAUUAGAAUUACAAGAGGUCUUCGGCCAGGGGUGUCGAGUGGACACUUUGCUCAAUCCUCAGUGUACAUAAGACUAAUUUUUGGAGGACUGACUGCCGGACCCUCUUGGGAGUUACUACCUUGACCUUGUAAUUUUUUAGGUUUACAACAUACAACCAAGAGGAGACAUGUUUUGCAUAUAUUUUCAAAAUUUAUUUUUCUUCAAUAAUAUUUUCUCUUGGGUGAAGCUUGAUGCAAAGCACUACAAAUGGAGAUAUAUUAUUUGGUGUACAGACCGCUAAAGUUCAGGGAAAUGGAGUGUAGAUGUAAUGUAAUGUAUUGUUGGUCAUUUACAAACUACCUGCCUUCACAUCAGGUUUUACCCAUGCUUGUAGAUCAUAGGAAUCCUUCGGUCCUAGAAUAAAGUCAGUGUUUGCCCUUCUUAUAUAGCUAAUAUGUUGAUGAAAUACUGUGCUUCAUAAGACAGGCAGAGGCUCCACCACAGGUUAUUUUGGUUUACUUUUGUGGUCUUUUCACAGCAUUUUGUAUCAAAUUAUGUUUUAUACCUAAAAUGAACAAAUUCUGUAGGUGAACAAUGAUUCAGAACAAUGUAAAUCAACUAAGAUUGCAAGAAAACAGCUCUAGAACAAGCACAGCAAUCAAUAAGAACAAGAAUUAAACAGCAAAAAUGUUAUGUAGCCAAUGACAAUGGCUUUUUUUUUUUUUUUUUUUCAAACUCUUAGGGAGCAUUUUGUAUAUUUAAACUAAUGUAUUAGUUAAUGGUUCUUUAAGCUUAUCUAAAACCAUGAAAUUGCAUAAUCAAUUUUCCUCAUGGUUCCACCCUGAGGCUGUUGUGUUAAUGUGUACAAUGCCUGUGUGUGCUCUCUUUCACUUCUGUAUUCACAAUAUAAUAAACAUUAUACACACUU